AACCAGUGCCGUAAACAUCGUGAACGUAAAUAUACGGUGUGCGUUCUGUGUAUACGUGUUACGUUACAGACGUCUUCUAAAUCGUGUAGAAUUUUCAUGAUUCUUAUCAAGAAAAAUUCGUCUGACUUUACGUUCAUAUGAAUCAUUUUGUUAGGACAAGAUAAUCGGUGAAGUAAAUUAGUUAAAGGUAGGAAGAUUUGAAAAUAAGGGCGCACUAUCUCCGAAACCAUCGGGCGUCCUACUGCUCUAGGGUAACACAGUGGGUGCAUAGCUGCGCGGUAUGAAAAAAUGAUGUGAUCGAUGGUCAUCAUGGCGGCACCCAUGCUAAAGUGGAAGCGGAUCACAAAUCCAUCCGGGCCCCAGCCAAGACCUAGACAUGGACACAGGGCAGUUGCUCUUAAAGACCUUAUGGUUGUUUUCGGCGGUGGAAACGAGGGCAUUGUUGACGAGCUUCAUGUCUAUAACACGACUACUAACCAAUGGUUUGUACCAUCCACAAAAGGUGACAUCCCACCUGGCUGUGCAGCAUACGGAUUUGUUGUUGAUGGAAGCCGUAUUUUAGUAUUUGGUGGUAUGGUAGAAUAUGGAAAAUAUUCAGAUGAGCUUUAUGAACUCCAAGCAGUUAGGUGGGAAUGGAAGAAACUGAGACCCAGACCACCAGAAAAUGAUCCUCCACCGUGUCCAAGAUUGGGGCAUAGUUUUACUCUCAUUGGUAACAGAGUCUUCCUCUUUGGAGGAUUGGCCAAUGACAGUGAGGAUCAUAAAAACAAUAUACCAAGAUAUUUAAAUGAUCUAUAUACCCUUGAACUACUCCCUAAUGGAACUACUGCUUGGGAUGUACCGCAAACCCAUGGGCAUGCACCACCACCCAGGGAGUCCCAUACCGGGGUGUCUUAUUCUGAUAGUAAAACAGGAAAAACCUGUUUAGUGAUUUAUGGUGGUAUGAGCGGUUGUCGUUUGGGUGAUUUGUGGUAUCUCGAUGUCGAUUCAAUGACUUGGAACAAACCAGUGGUUCAUGGUCCUAUUCCAUUACCACGUUCCCUUCAUACUGCCACAUUAAUUGGUCAUCGAAUGUACGUUUUCGGAGGAUGGGUACCGCUCGUUGUUGAUGAUGUUAAAGUAGCAACACACGAAAAAGAAUGGAAGUGCACGAAUACGUUGGCUUGCUUAAAUAUAGAAACAUGGACGUGGGAACAAUUAACCGUCGAUACUUUAGAAGAAAAUGUUCCUCGUGCUCGCGCAGGUCAUUGUGCAAUCGGGAUGCAUAAUAAACUCUACGUAUGGUCCGGUCGGGAUGGAUACCGCAAAGCUUGGAACAAUCAGGUUAGGGUUUGUUGCAAAGAUUUGUGGUACCUCGAGGUCGGCAAGCCAUCGGCACCAUCGAAAUUGAACUUAGUUAGGGCAAGUUUGCAAGCGUUAGAAAUCCAAUGGACACCCGUACCAUCGGCGCAAUACUACAUACUGCAGAUUCAGAAGUGUAAACCAUCGGCAACAACCGGAACAUUUCCCGCGGUCAGCGCACCGGCGAGUACCGCCGUACCAACGACCACGACAGCAAUGGUUACACUUGCAACUGAUUCUGCCACAUCUUCGCCCAUCACCACUGCUCCCGAGCUUCCAUCAACUCCAACCGUUGUCAAGCCGUCCAUACCACAAACUCCCCCAGUACGAGUACAAUCGACUGUGCAAAGUCCAGUUCAGAAACCAGUAUCAUCACAAAGUGUAACAAAACCAUCAAGCCCAAUGACACCGAGAGUCGCUGGAAAUCUGAUCAGAAUUCGUUCUCCCUUAGUUACAACGACACCUACAACUCCCGAGCAAGCUCCAACUUCUAAUACUACAGUGGCAGGUCAAACGCCAGCUGCAAUGUCAGGGAUCGCUGCCCUUGCGGCAGCAGCCGCUGCUACUCCAAAAAUAAGUAUGAACAACGUACCAAUUCUUCCACAGACCACAGCUAACACGAUCAGAAUGAAAAACGUUCAACCUGGCCAACAAAUACGUUUCGCACCUCCGGGUGCAACGGUAUUAAGAACCGCUUCGCCGCAGCAAAGUAAACAGAUAAUACUACAAAAACCAGGUCAGAACAUAGCUGGUCAGCCUCAGAUUGUCCAUCUUCUUAAAACCGGACAAGGAAUGGUAGCGACUGUGCCUAAAGUAAGCCUCAUCCCCGGGAAGACCGUUCAAGCAACAGGUGCGAAGCCACUUAAUCAAGGACCAACAAUACUGAGACUGGUAAAUCCUAACACUGUAGCAGGAUCCAAGAUUCUUACAACCAUGAAAACGUCUAGCAUCGUGGCAAUGAGCAAAGGGCAAAACAUCAGCGGAAAGCAGACGAUAAUGAUCACGAAACCCGGAGGCAAUGGUGGAUUAGUUGGUCGAAACCAAAUAAUUGUAGUUACAACAGGUUCGGGUUUGAGAGCUGUACAGGCUGUUACCACCUCCCAAGCUGGUACCGGACAAACGGCGAAUAUUACCACACCCGUGAACGUGUUACCCUUAUCAGCAACUAACCACGUAACGAAUCAGCAAGGAGUAAAAAUGAUCGUCGUUUCGUCCGGUGCGAUGGGAGGUGGAACCACGGGCAAGCCUAUAACUAUCACAGUACCAGGCCAGGGCGGUGUGCCAAAAACCGUGACCAUCGCCACUAAAGGAAAUCCACAGGCCAUUUUCAAUCCUGGAAAGAGUCAAAUCGUCACUAUGCCUCAGAUACAGAAAACACCAGAAACUGUGACAGUGUCUGGUAAACCUGUAACGUUACAAAUGUCUGGUGGAAUAGGUGCAAAAACAGUUACUCUCAUGCCUACGAGUAGUUCCAUAGCGACCACUUCAAGUGUAUCAGAGACGAUAGACACAAGUAAAAUGUUGUUCGUACCAUCGCAGAAGCAACCAUCGGCUUCAUUAGCGUCCACGUCUGAUGGUCCUGCCACCACCGAUGCGGCAUUGGCUGCGUUAGCUGCGGAAGCAGGUUUGAUAGAUCCGGUACAAGAACCUUCCGGAGACUUAUCCUUCAUGGUGUCUACGGACGACGGCGGAGCAGGGGAUGGCAAAAUGGACGAUAAUUGCAAUGGCGAUGAAACGAACACUGCGGCAGCUUUGGUUUCCCAAAUGGGAGCUGGGGAGUCCAUGCAAAUCGAUAGAGACGGUAAUUUCUUAAUUCCUCAAGUCGACGGCGCGGCAGAUGUUCUCUUAUCUGACGACGACGAAGACAAUGAUAAAAUUGAUCUGGCGGAGGAUCCUGCUUUAGAGAAUCAAGAAGAAUCGCAGGCUGUAGAUUCUGCGAACAUGGAGCAAGAUCCUGCUGACGCGGCUCCGGAAAGUGUUCAUAUGGAAGAGUCUUCCAUGAAAGAGCCAGAAGUAUCCUCGGAAGAUGCGACUGAAGUUCCUGUUUCAACCAGCACCGCAGAAGAUAUUCCGGUCGAGCCGGAACCUUCUGCUGAUGCUCAGCCAAAUGAAAGUGAAAUGCCUGUGGAAGUUGCUAACGAACCGGAACCGUCUAACGAAAGUACCAUGCAGGUCAUAAAUAAUGCAUCGUCCGAGGAAGUACAAAUAAAGGCUGAAAUUUCUACCAUGCAAGAUCCCAUAGAAGCUACGUCGGAGGAGGCAUCGAUGCCGGAAGCAAUGGAAUUGCCAGAGAACGAUGAGAACGAGCAAAGUGAAAGUACGGAGAUCAAAUUAAUGGCUAUGGAUUCGUACACUGCUGAUCAUGAUAAAUCGUCGGCUGCUGAACAUUUAUCACCCGAGGAUAGUAUAUCGCAGCUUUCUCAGGAAGAUAAUCAAGAUACCGUUGAAAAAGUGAAAGAUGAAGUUCCAGAACAACCCAUGGAACUCCCUGAAGGUACGUCUCCGAUGGAGACGCUGGAAGAUAACGACGAACCAAUGGUCACAGAUUCUUGCUUAACUUCCACCAGUAUCAAUAUUCCAAUCACAACUUCUAUCAUGCAAAUAAAGUUAGAACAACCUGACGAGAAAAUGAAACAAGAUAUUAAAAUUCCUGAACCAGCUACGUCAACUAUCAGCAACGUCGUGCUGCUUGAAAAGGAAAUGGAUGUUCAGAAACCAGUAGCCCCGGUCAAAAUGGAAAUAAAAGAAGAGCCUGUUAAAAAGGAACCCUUGAAGCAAGAGAAAAUGAAUGGUAGUAGAACGGAGAACGGUGAUGAUUCUACAGCACUGACUACGUUAGCCACAGCUGCCUUGGGAUCAGCUGAACAACCAAUGAAAAUUAAAGCUGAACAGAAUGAGAAGGAAAAGAAGGAAGAAGAAUGGUAUGACGUGGGGGUGACACAAGAAUCAAGAUUUACUGUACAACAUUAUUAUUUACCUGGCGAUGAACCAUUAGAUAUAACGCAACCAUUGACGAUGGAUGUUUUUGAGGGAAGAACCAAGGUUGCCUUAGAACAAGGAACUAUUUAUAAACUAAGAAUUGCUGCUGUGAAUAGUUGUGGACAAAGUGAUUGGAGUGAGGUAUCUGCGUUUAGAACAUAUGUUCCGGGAUUCCCUGGAGCACCUAGUGCUAUAAAAAUUAGUAAAACCGCGGACGGUGCUCAUAUUUCAUGGGAACCACCGCCUAACAGAAACGAUGGACCGAUUUUGGAAUAUUCAGCAUAUAUUGCAAUGUCGAACACUGCAUCGAAUAAUAGUGGAGAACCAAAGACAACUUCGUCAAAUUCAAAUCUAACAUUCACGAAAUUCUAUUGCGGUACAAACAAUUCCUGUUCGGUGUCAAAUAGUUCCCUUAGUGCCGCUUAUGUUGAUACGACUCGAACACCGGCCAUAAUAUUUAGAAUAGCAGCACGAAACGUGAAAGGAUACGGACCAGCGACGCAAGUUAGGUGGUUGCAACAAGCAUCUAAUGUAUCAACAGCAGCAGAUCCUACCAAUUACAUGGAGAAUAAUCCACAAGUAAAGAGGCGCGGUGUAAAUAUACGUUUACAAGCAAACUCCCCACAGAAGAAGGUGAAACUAAAGAGACCGAGUAGCUAACUUUUCUUGAGUCUGUUUUCCCUUGACCUCUUACAGCCCAAAUAUCCAAACAGCGCUAUUCGUUAUUUAAUUUCCGCUGGUACACACGCCUAACAACGACGAUGAAAGAAAACAGUAUAUUCUUGGAGUAAACGACGUGACAUGCGAGUAAAUGAAAGAAAUGAAUGCACGAUAAAAAAGAACGAUGGAAGAGGUGUCCAUAGCUACAUUGAGGUAUAAACAUAAGGGUUAAAAAAAAAAGUAUUUUAAGUGUUCUAUAUACGAAUACAAGGUCUUUCUAUACUGCGUUUUCUGACUCACCGUUAUUCUCCUACUCCUUCGCGAAUGUGCGACCUUUUUCUGUAAAGAUAACACCAGUACUAUUAAUAAAUGGCAAGGUGGUUAUUUUGGAGUUAAACAAAUUUUUCCACGUUUAUAAAUAUUUUCCAUAAAUCUCGUGAACAUAUAGAUUACGACAACACUUGCAUCAUCUGCAACAAUUCGUAGUUACAUCCAAAUAUUGACCACCUUUAGUUUUAUUUUCUAACAUACAUAUAUAUGAAUUUAAUGUAGUUGUAGGUUGGAACAAGAUAGUAAAAUGGAAUUUUUGUUUGAGCUCUGUGAAGCUGCUGGGAAAAAGUUUCUUUUUUUUUUUGAAUUGUAAAUUCUUGAUAUAAAAUUUUUUAUUAUUAUCAGAUAUCUGUAAGUACAGAUUUUUUAAUGCGAAUUGGGAGUUGGGAAAACUUCCUGCUACAUUUAAAUAUUUAUUGUAAAUAUUGUAAUUGGAAAGGAUUUUUUUUUUAAUGUUAUUAAAAUUGUUUUCUUAAUUCUGCAAUACGAUGCAAGUGUAUGGAAUGAAAAUUCUGUUUGUAACAUCCGUUUCUGUAUAGAACAUCGGUGCUAUAUCUUACUCUGGUUACUUUUGUUACUGCCAAUUACAAAGAAGAAAACGUAGAUUUGAUAAGAGAAAGGAGCACGUAUUGUAAAAUUCUUUUUUAAAAAAAUACGAAUUUACCUUCGCAAUUUUGUUAAUGCUUUCGGUACAAAACGCAGCGAUAUUUUUUGUAAAAAUGGCAAAAAUGGUAUAAGUUUAGUAGAAUUGCACGUGUUGUUUAUGAAAAAUUACAAGCUUGGUUUCAAAAGCGUUGAUGUUUUGGAGAAUAAAAAAGAAUUUGAAGAAAAUUAAGAAUAUUUUUAUAUGGCAACGAAAUAAUUAUUUGAAUAGUAUAUCAUUAUAAUAUAUUAUGUCUAAUAUAACGUUUAAUAUUUUAAGGUACUAAAUCAAGGAAUUAGUAUAAAUGAUAAAAAAAAAAAACACAAGAAUUUAUAGAGAAGUAAAACAAUUA